CUCGCGCACACUCGCGCUCGGGCGCACACGGAACAGGCACAGGCACUCGGAGCGAGCCAGCGAGCGGCGAGUCGGGGACCCACCAUCUGAGCCAGCCUAGGAGCCAGCGAGCCGCGCCCGCGACGACCGCACGCCCCCGAGCCCCGCAGCCGCCCCCCGCCGGCCGGUGUCCCCGCCGUCCUCCCUGACCCAUGGCGCUGAAGCGGAUUCAGAAAGAAUUAAGUGAUUUACAACGUGACCCACCUGCUCACUGUUCAGCUGGCCCUGUGGGAGACGACUUGUUCCACUGGCAAGCAACUAUUAUGGGGCCUCCUGAUAGCGCAUAUCAAGGUGGAGUCUUCUUUCUCACUGUACAUUUUCCGACAGACUAUCCUUUUAAACCACCAAAGAUCGCUUUCACAACAAAAAUUUACCAUCCAAACAUAAACAGUAAUGGAAGUAUUUGUCUUGAUAUCCUGAGGUCACAGUGGUCACCAGCUCUGACUGUAUCAAAAGUUUUAUUGUCCAUAUGUUCUCUACUUUGCGAUCCUAAUCCAGAUGACCCCUUAGUACCAGAUAUUGCACAAAUCUAUAAAUCAGACAAAGAAAAAUACAACAGACAUGCAAGAGAAUGGACUCAGAAAUAUGCAAUGUAAAAUCAAAAAAAUUUUCAUAUAUACCAGAGUACUGUAAAAUCUAGGUUUUUUUCAAUAUUAGCAGUAAAUUGAGCACUGUUUACUGUCUCAUUGUACCAUGAAAUCCUUUGAUUUUUAUCCAUUUUAAAUGUAUUUCUGAAGCAAGACAAACAGACUUCCAAAAAUACCCUUAAGACUGUGAUGAGAGCAUUUAUCAUUUUGUAUGCAUUGAGAAAGACAUUUAUUAUGGUUUUUAAGAUACUUGGACAUCUGCAUCUUCAGCUUACAAGAUCUACAAUGCAUCUGAAAAGCAACCAAAUUAUUUUUUGCUGAAACUAGAUGUUUUUACAUGAGAAAUACUGUAUGUGUUGUCUACGUCGUCAGUUUUAUAAAUCUGUAUUCAGAUUUCAUUCUUUGUUAGCUCACUUUAUAAUUUGUAUUUUUUUACUGUAUAGACUAAAUAUAUUCUAUUUACAUGUAUGUCAACUCAUUACUUUUUUCCUGUGAACAGUAUUGAAAAAAACCGAACAGCUGAUAAUUAAAUGAAUUAACUGUCUGUCUGCCUUGUCUUAGGGUAUUCUGUAGAUCGAUUGCAGAUUUCUUAAACCUGAAUGAACUUUACACUGUAAUUCUCAGUAUACUGAUUAUGGAGAAACACUUGUUUUGAUUUUGUUAUACUUGACUUAACUUUAUUGCAAUGUGAAUUAAUUGCACUGCUAAGUAGGAAGAUGUGUAACUUUUAUUUGUUGCUAUUCACAUUUGAAUUUUUUUCUGUAUAGGCAAUAUUAUAAUGACACCUUUUACAGAUCUUAAUGUAGCUUUUUCCAUAUAAAUAAAAUGCUUUUUCUACUAUUUGUCUUGAUUACUUAAAAAGAUAAAAUAAUACUUUAUAAGUAAGGAU